UAGUUGCUGCUUCCCCCAAGUAGCCUCUUUGGUCCUUGCAAUAUAUUUAAAGACCUUGACUCUUCUCACCCUUCACAAGUUGAGAACUGUGAACUGAGUUUAUAUGCACGAUUAUCCUCAUUCAGAACUUCAGAUCACAGGUUGCAUACAAACAAAUUCAAUAUGUAUCCGUCACCCGACGAGCCUGCGAAGUACAGUGUACAGGGCCAUCCGGGUCAUCACCUUCCCAGUUCUGUGUAUCAGAACCCGACGAUGAGCUCAGUCCAAGCAGAUGCUCCUCCAUACCCUGCCUCCCAGUUCCGGCCUCAUGUGGCCGCUGGCCAAUGGUCCACUAAUCUUUGCCAUUGUUGCGAUGAUCCUGCAAAUUGUAUUGUCACUUGCUUUUGCCCUUGCAUCACAUUCGGACAGAUUGCUGAGAUAGUGGACAGAGGUUCCUCAACUUGCGCUGCGAAAGGCACGGUGUACGGGCUACUUGCGAUGACCGGAUUUGCGUGCUUAUUCUCAUGCUUUUACCGAUCAAAACUGAGGGGGCAAUAUGACUUGGCAGAGGAUCCAUGUGUGGAUUGCUUAGUUCAUUUCUUCUGUGAAGCUUGUGCUUUGUGUCAAGAAUACAGAGAGCUCAGGAACCGGGGCUAUGAUAUGGGAAUCGGAUGGGAAGCCAACAUGAAUAGAGAGAAGAGAGGUGUUAUGGUGCCUCCUGCUAUGGGUCAGAGCAUGACAAGAUGAAAGCUACUUGUCCUGAUGAAUGUCCAGUUUUAUCUUUGAAGAGAAAUGAAGAAAGAAA